AUGUGGCUGCUCAUGGCAGUCCUGCUCCUCGUCCAAGCACCCACGAGCUCCAAAGGCGCCACCAAGCAGAAGAAGGCUCUGAACCCCGAGGCUCUCAUGAACGUUAGCCAAAUCAUCUGCCACAGAGGGUACCCCAGUGAGGAGUAUGAAGUGCUGACUGCUGAUGGCUACUACAUCCACCUGAACAGGAUUCCUCACGGAAGAGAAAAGCCUAAGAACAGAGGGGCCAAGCCAGUGGUGUUUCUCCAGCAUGGGAUACUUGGAGAAGGCAGCCACUGGGUGGAAAACCUGGCCAACAACAGCCUUGGCUUCAUCCUAGCAGACUCUGGCUAUGAUGUGUGGCUGGCAAACAGCCGGGGCACCAGCUGCUCCCGGAGACACCAGCACCUUUCAGCGGACCAGGUGGAAUUCUGGGAUUUCAGCUUCCAUGAGAUGGCAAUGUUCGACCUGCCGGCUGCCAUCGACUUUGUGCUGCAGAAAACGGGGCAGAAGCAGCUCCACUACGUUGGAUACUCCCAGGGCUGCUCAAUUGCGUUUAUUGCGUUUUCAUCCAUCCCUGAACUGGCUCAGAAAGUCAAAAUGUUUUUUGCCCUGGCUCCAGUAGUGUCACUCAAGCACAGCAGAAGUCCAUUCAUGAAGAUGAAGUUCCUCAUGGACAACCAGCUCCAGAUGAUUCCGCUGCUGCUGGGCAGAACGGACGCGUCCCUGCGCAUCAGGCGGCUGUGGCGCUUCCUCCCCGAGCUCUGCAGGCACACGCUGCUGCACAGGCCCUGUGCCAACCUCCUCUUCCUGCUGGGGGGCUACAACGAGAAGAACCUCAACAUGACACGGCUGGAUGUGUACACAUCCCACUAUCCAGAUGGCACCUCGGUCAAAAACAUCAUCCACUGGGCCCAGGUGAUAAAAUCCGGAGAAUUCAAAGCCUUUGACUACGGCAGUGAGAACCGCGCUCGGUACCACCAGGACACCCCGCCCCUGUACCGCCCGGAGGAGAUGCCGGUGCCCACGGCGGUGUGGUCAGGAGGGCAGGACUGGGCAGCGGACUGGAGGGACGUGCUGCAGCUGCUGCCCCGCAUCAGCCACCUCGUCACCUACACCCACAUCCCCGACUGGAACCACUGGGACUUUGUCUGGGGCCUGGACGCCCCCAGGCGCCUCUACAGCAGCAUCCUGAGCCUGAUGGAGGCGUCCCGGUAG